CACGUGGGCCGGGGAGCGCGGCUGCGCUGGGCCGGGCAGGCUGAGGAGCCGGCGUGCGGCACUGCUGGACUGGGCGUGCGGCCCUGCGAGUCGGUCGGUCCCGGGGUCACCCGCUACGGGGCGCAGGCCUCGCCACAGGUAAAGCAGGAGCUGCCUCAGCGCGAGGAUCGCGGUCCUGGCAGGAGUUCAGGUUCCGGCGCACCCGAGUCCAGACCGCGCCCCAAGGCCUCAAGGGCCUUUAGGUUUUCGCGGCCCAGUCGAAGACUAAGAAAAAUGGCUUUGUCAGCCCAACAGAUACCCAGGUGGUUUAACUCAGCUAAGUUGAGGAGCCUCAUUAAUGCUGUACAACUCACAAAAUGUUUUGCUAGACCAGGAAGAACAUUGUUACAUGGCUUUUCUGCUCAGCCUCAGAUAUCCUCUGACAAUUGCUUUCUCCAGUGGGGAUUUAAGACUUACAAGACUUCCUCCUUAUGGAAUAGUUCCCAGUCUACUAGCUCAAGUAGUCAAGAGAAUAAUUCUACCCAAAGCAGUCUGCUUCCUUCCAUGAAUGAACAGUCACAGAAGACACAAAAGAUACCCAGCUUUGAUUCUGAGCUGUUUCUAGAAGAACUGGAUGAAUUGCCUCCAUUGUCUCCAAUGCAGCCAAUUUCAGAGGAAGAGGCUAUUCAGAUUAUUGCAGACCCUCCAUUGCCACCAGCUUCAUUCACACUUCGAGACUAUGUGGAUCAUUCUGAGACUCUGCAGAAGUUAGUUCUUCUAGGAGUGGAUUUGUCCAAGAUAGAAAAACAUACAGAAGCAGCAAACCUCCUUCUGAGACUGGAUUUUGAAAAAGACAUUAAGCAGAUGCUCCUGUUUCUUAAAGACGUGGGUAUAGAGGAUAACCAACUGGGAGCAUUCCUGACAAAAAAUCAUGCAAUUUUCUCUGAAGACCUUGAAAAUCUGAAGAUCAGGGUGGCUUAUCUGCUUUCAAAAAAUUUCAGUAAAGCAGAUGUUGCACAGAUGGUCAGAAAAGCACCAUUUUUGCUGAACUUUUCAGUGGAAAGACUGGAUAACAGAUUGGGAUUUUUUCAGAAAGAACUUGAACUUAGUGUGAAAAAGACUAGAGAUCUGGUAGUUCGUCUCCCAAGGCUGCUAACUGGAAGUCUGGAACCCGUGAAAGAAAAUAUGAAGGUUUACCGUCUUGAACUUGGUUUUAAACAUAACGAAAUUCAACAUAUGAUCACCAGAAUCCCGAAGAUGUUAACUGCAAAUAAAAGGAAACUUACCGAGACAUUUGAUUUUGUGCACAAUGUGAUGAGCAUUCCCCACCACAUCAUUGUCAAGUUCCCACAGGUAUUUAAUACAAGGCUGUUUAAAAUCAAAGAAAGACACUUGUUUCUUACCUAUUUAGGAAGAGCCCAGUAUGAUCCAGCAAAACCUAACUACAUCUCUUUGGACAAACUCGUAUCUAUUCCUGAUGAAAUAUUUUGUGAAGAGAUUGCCAAAGCAUCAGUACAAGACUUUGAUAAAUUCUUAAAAACGCUUUAGAUUUUUAUGUAUGUGAAAAUGCAAUAUUGUAAAGUGAAUAUAUGUAUGAAUAAAUGAAUAUAUUUUUAAAUGC